AUGAAGUUAACUUCUCUCAUUCUUUAUGCCACUGUCACUGUUGCUUCCAACUUUGUCCCAUUUACGGAAGAAACAAUAGAAUUGCUAAAGAGAGCCGAAGAUGAAGAAUGUGGUAAAAGUUGUGUCAAAGCAGGAGAUUUGCAGGUGAAGCAAUGCAAAGACACAUACGAAUCUAAUAAUGCCCUUGACGUAAAUGAAUGUGUUUGCCGUCUCGGAGAUGAAUAUUGGGAAUUGUUAAGCACUUGUGUUAAAGGUUGUGAUGAAUACCGUGGAAGUAAUUCUGCCGAAGACCCCACCCAAUUAAAGAAAAACUACUGUCAAGCAGUUAAAGUACAUACUGACUUUGAUGAUGGUAUAGAAACUUCUAAGGAUGACAAGACUUCUGAUGAUGAUAAACAAUCCAGCAAAACCAAAGACAAGUCAGAUGAUAAGGAAACCAAAACUACAACUGGCGACAAAUCUGAAACUGACAAGGAUUCUAAAACCUUGACCUCGGACAAGAAUUCUAAAACCACUGAUAAAGACAAGUCUGAAACUGACAAAAGUGGUUCGGCUACAAAAACUACUGAUAAAGACACAAAAACAACAAGCGAUUCUAGUGCAACAGACGAACCUAAUUCGAAAUCUGAAUCCCUGACUGGAGCUGCUGGCACUGCUGUUUGGGGAGCUGGUUCAUUGUUCUUGGUAGCUAUUGCUAUGCUUUAA